CGCGAGAUUUAUCCGCGGCUCGAGAGUCCGAGAGGAGCUGAUGGAGUGAAGACGAGCGGAGACACCGAGCACCGAGCACCGAGCGUGAACGGAGCCGUUAACGGAGAAAAACAACCGCCGCCAUGCCUUCAUGUCGACUUCUCUGUCUGCUGGCUCUCACCUUCCUCCAGAGCUUCGUGUCUGCCGAGCAGCGGAGACUCUCAGCAGAAAACCUGCUGGUCAUCACCGCGGCAACAGAGGAGACAGACGGCUUCAACCGCUUCAUGAGGACAGCCCGAGAGUUCAACUACACUGUGAAGGUCCUGGGUCUGGGUGAGGAGUGGAAGGGGGGUGACGUGGCUCGGACGGUGGGUGGAGGUCAGAAGGUCAGAUGGCUGAAGAAGGAGCUGCUCAAACACUCAGACAACAAGGACAUGGUCGUCAUGUUUGUAGACAGUUAUGAUGUGAUCUUUGCGUCCGGUCCCGACGAGCUGCUGGCCAAGUUCUCCCGUCUGGGUCACAAAGUGGUUUUCUCGGCCGAGGGGUUCUGCUGGCCCGACCAGAGGCUGGCCUCCAAAUACCCAGAGGUGCAUUCUGGGAAACGCUUCCUCAACUCAGGAGGGUUCAUUGGCUUUGCGUCUGACCUCAGUACGAUCGUCCAGCAGUGGAAGUACAAAGACAACGACGACGAUCAGCUGUUCUACACCAGAAUCUACCUGGACAAGACGCAGAGGACCAAGUACAACAUGACUCUGGACCAUCGCUCCAGAAUCUUCCAAAAUCUGAAUGGAGCUGUUGAUGAAGUCGUCCUGAAGUUCGAGAGGGCGAAGGUCAGAGCGAGGAACGUUGCCUAUGACACACUUCCUGUCGUUAUCCAUGGCAACGGACCCACCAAGUUGCAGUUGAACUAUCUGGGGAACUACGUCCCCACGGCGUGGACGUUUGAAGAAGGUUGUGGGAUCUGUGACGACAACCUGAUCUUCUUCACUGACGUACCUGACGAUGAGAUGCCUCUGGUGUACGUGGCUGUGUUUAUUGAACAUGCUACGCCCUUCAUGGAGGAGUUCUUGGACCGACUGACGACCCUCAACUACCCGACAGAGAGGAUCCGCCUCUUCAUCCACAACAAUGUGGUGUACCAUGAGCGUCACAUCCAGAAGUUCUGGGAGCGUACUGGGAGAGUUCUGUUCCCUGACGCCGUGCUGGUCGGACCUGAGGAGAACCUGCAGGAGAGCAAGGCCAGAAACAUGGCAGUUGAGGCCUGUAAGAAGGAUCCAGAGUGUGAUUACUACUUCAGCAUGGACUCUGACGUGGCCUUAACCAACCCCGACACACUGAGGAUCCUCAUGGAGGAGAACCGGUCGGUCGUCGCUCCCAUGUUGUCCAAACACGGGAAGCUGUGGAGUAACUUCUGGGGCGCUCUGAGUCCUGAAGGGUUUUACUCCAGAUCUGAAGAUUACAUCGAGAUCGUCCAGGCCAAGAGGAUUGGUCUGUGGAACGUCCCGUACAUCUCUCAGGCUUACCUGAUCAAAGGCAGCCUGCUGCGGUCCAAACUGUCCCAGGUCAGCCUCUACGUGGACCAGACCAUGGACCCAGACAUGGUGUUCUGCAGGAGCAUCAGAGACCAGGGUGUCUUCAUGUUCGUGUCUAACAGAGAUGAGUUUGGUCGUCUCGUGGCGUCCUCUAACUUCAACACGUCCAGACUUCACCCUGACAUGUGGCAGAUCUUCGACAACCCAGUGGACUGGAAGGAGAAGUAUGUCCAUGAAAAUUACUCAAAGAUCUUUGAAGACGAGAAGAGCUACGUGGAGCAGCCCUGUCCAGAUGUUUACUGGUUUCCAGCCUUCUCUGAGAAGAUGUGUGAUCACCUGGUGGAGACCAUGGAGCACCACGGAGGGUGGUCAGGAGGGACACACAGGGAUGAGCGUCUCACUGGUGGCUAUGAGAACGUCCCCACCGUGGACACUCACAUGAAUCAGGUGGGCUUUGAGAAGGAGUGGCUCAAGUUCCUCAAAGAGUUCAUCGUGCCCGUCACAGAGAAGCUUUACCCGGGCUACUACCCCAAGGCUCAGGCCAUCAUGAACUUUGUGGUUCGUUACCGUCCUGACGAGCAGCCGUCUCUGAGGCCGCACCACGACUCGUCCACCUUCACCAUCAACAUCGCCCUGAACAGCAAGGGGGUGGACUACGAGGGUGGAGGCUGCAGGUUCCUGCGUUAUGACUGUAAGGUGGAGUCUCCCAGGAAGGGCUGGUCCUUCAUGCACCCGGGCCGGCUGACACACUACCACGAGGGUCUGCCCACCACCAGGGGGACCAGAUACAUCAUGGUGUCCUUUGUAGACCCUUAGACACCCGGAGAGAGAGAGUGUGUGUGUGUGUGUGUGUGUGUGCGUGUGUGCGUGAGACAAACCACUUCACCGAACAGAGCGAGGACCCUGAACGCAUCACGGCUGUGGGACAUUUCAGAAUAAGAGUCACUUUAUUUAUCUUCACCUAAGAAGAAGAAGCAGAUGUGGCCUUUCAAAAUAAAAGUCUGAGAGUCACCGCGCUGCCUUAUCCAGUGACACUACCUGUGUGUGUGUGUGUGUGUGUGUGUGUGAGAGUGUGUGUGUGUGUGUGAGAGUGUGUGUGUGGAUCCUGCAGCGGAGGAGCGGGGCUCUCUCACCUCGCGGUUGCCAUGGUAACAUGGUCACAGAGGCCCCACCCCUCAGAUUCACGUACAGACGACCAGCCGGACGACGACAUCACUUCCUGUGUGAGCGACAGUCUCUGAGCUGACUUCCUGCGUGACGUCUGCAAAAUGUUCUUGUUGUUUUUAACAUUUCUUUGUUUCUGCUCGUCAGGUUUCCUCCUCCUCUUCCUCCUCUUCCUCCUCCUCCUCUUCCUCUUCAUCCUUUAGUUUACUGUGUGUUGAUACGAGGAGUCAGCUUUGUACAAAGUGCAUUAAAUUAUUUGUUAAUGUUGAAUCGAGAUUUGAGAUUUUAAUAAAUAAUUUCACUGA